UGCAUAUACAAGUAUGUGUAUAUCAUUUUAUUCAUUUACAUAAAAUUUUACAUACAAAGAGCAACGUCAGGACUAACAUUUCUUAAGUAUUAAGUUAUUUUAUUUGCAACGAACUUAGGUACGAAAAGCAGUGAUGGAAGCAUAAAUUCUUUAAGUUUUAAAAAUAUACGCAAGUGACCUGGGCUUAAAUUGAUGAGCAAUAUUUUCGGAAUUCAUCUGCAGACCAAUGAAACAUGCCGAUGGACCCCAUAAGACGUUGCCAGACGUUUGAUGCACGUGUUCGCUAUUACAGCAGAGUAUCCUCAAUAAAGACAUCGCAGGGCGCGCGUGUAACACGAUUUUUUCUUUAAAUGAAAAUGUUCCGUCGGCGCAAACUAUUCCAACGCAAUCCAGGAUAUGCGAUUUUAAUCUUUCAAAUGAACUUCCGGUGUAGAAGAAGAAGAAGACACGUGACAUCUUCUAUAGUCAUCAGCGACGAUUCAGCACAAAUGAAGAGACAAAAACGUCUGAUAGAAGGUCUAUCGUAUCAAGAAUGUCAGUUGUUUUUAUGGGUCUCAUUUCUGGUCUUUGUUGCGUAGUGUCUUUUACUGCGCUUAUUCUUCAAAAUCGUCAGCAGUCGGUAAUAACAAAACUACAAACGACGGCGGUAAACUUGCGCAUGGCGGUUACGAAAUAAGAAGAGAACAACAGACUGUGUCUUCCGUGUGCAGAGCUCUCUUUGGAACCAUUUCCGGCGGACGCACCUCACCUACAUGCUCUGAUGAAACCAGACGAGAAAGGACAAUACAUUUGUUGUGCGAAAUCGGUUACGCAGAUUUCUGUUCUCCUAAAUUUGUUUGCAAAGAGAAAACAGAUGGAAAGAUGCUCUACAGAGACAAAGUCUUACAUGUGCAGCACAUCCGGUACUGCUGGUUCCCCGUCCAUUCCCGCCAAUGGCAACUCAUUCCGCAACAUAUACGCGCACCUGCAGGCCGGGACACAGCCGGUAUAUACCGAGUCUGAUGCACAAAUCCGGAACUGGAGUUUUGGCCCUGUCGCAACGGGGACUCACCUGACCAAUAUCCGGCUCUCGUCCGACAACCGUUCUCUCGUCAUCCCGGAGUCUGGCCGCUACUUUUUGUACAGCCAGGUCGGCAUUCUUAUAUACUACAACCCGGAAGCGCCUCUAGAGUUCCUGAGUCACUCUCAGUCUUUGAUCUAUGCCGUAUACCGGUACAAUAUGAUACACCCUACUGGUCACGAGGAACUGUUGCGGAGUGACGUAACUCAGUGCUGGGAACAGAAAAAAGAUUACGGGCGCUACACGAGCUAUGUUGGCGCGUCUGUCCAACUCAAUAAUGGCGAUACAGUCUACGUAAAAGUUUCUAAAAUCAAAUUCCUUUCUAAAAGUGAUUUCGGUAUAAUGUAUUUUGGAUUGUUCAAACUUUCUUGACAAUAAUACAAACAUGUUAAGCAGUUUAACGAGGUUCAUGCCUUCGAGGCUUAUAUCUUUAUAUAUACACCAUGUCCAAUAAUUUACUUGUACAUAAUCCAAAAACUUAACAUCAGACAACCGUUUAAUCUUAAAUCUUCAUGCAAAUCUCACGUAACAUGAACAGGUUUGUCAGGACGAUGCUUUUUAAUGCAUGUAGUAAAGUGGUCUUUCUUGACAUAUAUACUUUAUUGUAAUGUUUUCCUUAUAACAAUACUUUAACAAGAAAAGCAUUAACAUUAAGACCUAAAAUCAGUACAAAACAAAUCACCACAAAAAUUAAUUCGCGUUUGGAUCAAGCUCACGAUCAAGAAGAUAUUGUACCUCCGACCAAAACGUGUGCUGACGAUGAGGCUUGCGUUCAGAACGUACCUUCCAAACAAGUAGAUAUCAUACGUUUGAUCGACGCAAGCGUAUAAACAGGCAUAUGUCUAUAACAUGUACUGUGCACCCCAGACAUGGGAACAAUAAAACAUGAACUUGUAAUGGCUUAUUGCCGUUAGUGACAGAUAAAUCUUCAAUGGUACAUUAAGUGACCAAUAAGAAAUGCGUUUCACGAGUGUACAUAACGGCUGAUCCAGAAGAAUUGAUACAGCGGCCGAUGAAACUUAUAUUAAGCAUGUACAAGGCGAAAGCUCCAAAAGUUGUUGCAUUAUGUGUGUAACAGCAAUUUUAACGUUGAGCAUCGCGUAUGUUUUACUAGAAAGUGUACAUGUGGCGGCAAAUGAUUUAAGAUGAAUUCGUUCAAAUAAUUGUUCCGUUUGUUGAAAUAAACCUAAAAAUAAAAUGAACAUUAAUUAUA